UCCCUCCCUUUCAUCUUCCUCCUCGAGCUUCCAGCAGCAGCUCAGUCUGCCAAGAGGGUGGCAACGGGCCGCCGGCGACGAGUCGGAGCCUGGGAGGGCGGCGGCGGCUCCUCCUCCCUCCUCUCUCUCUCUCUCUCUCGGGGGGCCAUUAGAGGUGGGAGGGUGUUCUACUGCUGUUGCUACCUCUCCAGCGUUGACUCGGGACAAGGAGCGGGCCAACGGUGUCGUGUACCCACGGCUUCAGCACCGGCGAUUCCCCCUCAUGCACGACCUCCCCAACCGCCUCUGCCAACUCGGGAAAGGGAGCGGGCCGACGGCAGUGGCCGAUGGCAUCGUGCACCCACGCCGGCUUCAGCGCCGGGUGAUUCCCUCUAACGCACGACCUCCCCGACCGCCUCUGCCACCACCGAAUCUCUCCUCCUCUAUUAUGCCGCCAAGGGAAAGCUCGGAGCCUCGGACCCAACGUGGUGGGGUCUAGCCAUGCCGGGGUUGGGCCAGGCGGCAGUGGGGUGGUGGGCACUCCCUCUCCUCACGGGCGGUCAUCUCCCUGGUGGCUGCUGCUGCUAGCCACCGCCAUCGUCGCUACCGCCUUGCCGUGUUGAGAGGAAGGCGGGGGAGAGACGAAUUGUGGGGAUUUGGGGAAGAACAGAGUCGGAGGCCAGCGAGCCCCUCCCCUACGUGCGUGGCGUCCCCGCGUGCGCCUCGACCAGCAAGCCCCUCCUCACGCGUGCGCAGUGGCCGGCGAGCUCGCGGAGCGCUACGACCGGCAAGCCCCUCCUCCUGCGCGCGCCGCGACCGGCAAGCCCCAGCAUCUCGCUCGCUGCCGCCAUCCCCUGAGAGAGAGAAAGGGUAAAGAGGGAGGAGAAAGGAUAACUGACAUGUGAGCCCGAAUUUUUUUUAUUUCUACUCACUGACAUGUGGGCCCUAUUUAGGUUUGUAUUUAUUUUAUUGCAAUGUAAGUGCCACGUCAAUACCAUAUGGGAUGAAGAGCAAGUCAACCCAUCACGUAAGUGCUACGUAGGACAAAACCGCCUCUAAAACCGUCGGAGGAGUUGAUUUGCAAUGGUUUUGGAAGUUGGGGGACUGGUUAUAUCUGGUUUUGCGGUUCAGCGAUACGAUUCAAGCAUAGGCAUGAGUUGAGAGAGGUAAAAUAGACUUAUUCCACUGCAAUAUGAAGGAUUCGAUUCACGGCCAUUAGGGCCAUUUCUUUUACGGCCCAGUAGGCUGAUUGUAAGGAGCACAAAAAAAAUCAGAUAUAAGAAAAGAAGAAAAAAGAAGGAAAAACUUGGGAGGAGGCGAGGAAGAACCGAAGAAGCAGCAGAGCAGAGAUCACCUGCGAUUGCGAGGGGAGGAGGCAGCGAUGUGGCGGCGGCAAGUGGGUGCCCUUCUUCUCCGGCACCGAUCCACGCCUUCCUCCACCCUCCGCCACCAUCUCCCCCUCCCCGUCCCCGACCAGAGCCCACCUCUCGCUUCCAAUCUUCUGCUCCGCCUCUUCACUUCUCAAUCUGGAGAGGGGGGUGAUGGUGCCACCAAGCCCUUCAUUGCUUUCGUCUUAGGGGGUCCCGGGAGUGGGAAAGGUACGCAAUGUGUCCGGAUCGCUUCUGAUUUUGGGUUUGCUCAUUUGAGUGCUGGUGACCUUCUACGGAGUGAAAUUUCAACUGGCAGUGAGAAAGGGGAGUUGAUCUUAAAUAUAAUAAAAGAAGGGAAGAUUGUUCCAUCAGAGAUUACUGUUGAACUGAUUAGAAAAGCUAUGGAAUCGAGCGAUGCUAAAAGGGUUCUUAUUGAUGGUUUCCCAAGGUGUGAGGAAAACAGGAUCGCCUUUGAAAGAAUAACUGGAACAGAACCAGACCUUGUGAUUUUCUUUGACUGCCCUGAGGAUGAGAUGGUUAAACGUUUACUAGGCCGUAACCAGGGACGAGUGGAUGAUAACAUUGAAACAAUCAAGAAGCGCCUAAAGGUGUUUGAGAGUCUAAAUAUUCCUGUUGUUGACUACUACACUUCAAGAGGAAAGGUUCACAAGAUAAAUGCAACCGGAACUGAAGAAGAAAUCUUUGGAGCAGUCCACAAGCUGUUUUCCUCCUUAAGUCUAUUCUCUCUCAUUGAGGGCAUUGGGAAGCGUGCAAAUGGUGGGAAAAGUUUGCAUCUGCAGCAUGCAUGGACGACGAUUGGUCAUGAUGCUUUUUCUACAGCUGCAGCCCGGCGAUAGAUUAAGCGCCGGCUACUCUCUCUCUCCUGUUUUCUCACUCUUCCAUGUAGGAUUUAUCUUAGAUGAAUAGUACUACCGCCUGCUGACUGUAACCUAUUAUACCUGCUCUUAUGCUACCCAAUUGCUUAUUGGUUAUUCUCUAGUACCAAACUGGCUCUGUAUGCUUGCCAGUUGCCGUGUACUUAGGAUAUUUUAAUCCUACGAGUCAAACUACUCUCUAUAUGCCUCCUUGUUUACAGGUCAAUAAAUUGAGAGAUGCUACCAAGUUGUUUUCAAGCAA